UCUCCCUUGCCCCUUGCGUUCGUAGGGCGGUGCUGCAAUGGAGGAUCAACAGUGGUUGCGACGGUGCUGGUCGUGCUGGUUGCUGAUACUGCUACACUCCUGUUACUUCGCUUCCUGUGGCAGUGCGGAUCGUGUGGUGGAUACGAAAAACAGCCGCGUGUGGGGACCGGGUGUGGAGAUACCGGACCGGGCUACCCUUCCGGCGCGCUACUUUUUCAUCGAACCGAGAGACGUGGACAAUCAAAAAAUCAAUGCAUCUCAAAAGUACGACGUACACAUUAUUGGACAGUCACGUUUCGGGUCUUGCCGAUACCGGUUGAAUCAGAUCGAUCGUCACGAUGGCUCGAGCAUCGUACGCUACAGGCUGGCGGAAUCUUGCAGUGACGUCACGAUACACGUGCGACAUAAUGAAGUCCACCUACAUGGUUCUCCGUUCGCCAUACCCGGAACACUUUACUCCGAACAAUGCUACUGUCCGCAAGGUUCCGUCGAUGAGUGGCUUGAAACGGUCGGCUGUCCUUCGGGUGAUCCGCAGAUAGAUAUGGAUCUGAUCCCAUUCCGAGCGAUCAAUUUCUCCAGCCUGCGUACAAGGAUGAUCCAGCAGUACGAUAAACCGGGCAGCAUUUCACACUGCAACUAUGUGAUUCUACGCAAUCAAGUUCAUCGGCGUUGUUAUGGUCAACACACCGGCUUUAGUAAGUUCAUGGACACAAUCUUGCUUUCGUUGGCACGGAAGUUUACGCUGCCGGAUAUGGAAAUGUUUGUUAAUCUGGGUGAUUGGCCGCUGGUGAAAAAGGGUGGUCCAAGCCGCACGACCGGUCCGUAUCCAAUCUUUUCCUGGUGCGGAAGCGAUGACACCUUUGACAUCGUAAUGCCAACGUACGACAUCACCGAAUCAACGCUGGAAAACAUGGGCCGCGUGAUGCUUGAUAUGCUUUCGAUCCAACGGCGUGGACUUCCGUGGGGAGAAAAACACACCAAAGCAUUCUGGCGCGGACGAGAUGCACGGCGCGAACGGCUGGAGCUGGUAGCAUUAGCUCGACGCCAUCCGGAGCUGCUGAACGCGUCGCUCACAAACUUUUUCUUCUUCCGCGAUGAGGAAAGCGAGUUUGGACCGCGCGUUGCUCACAUUUCCAUGCACGAUUUCUUCGACUACCGCUACCAGGUGAAUGUGGACGGUACGGUAGCAGCGUACCGAUUGCCAUAUCUGCUGGCCGGCAGUUCGGUGGUGUUGAAGCAGAACUCGUUCUACUACGAACACUUUUACCGCAAACUUGUACCGAUGCGACACUACAUACCGUUCGAGGCGGAUCUGUCCGAUUUGGUGCGGCAGAUCGAAUGGGCCCGGGAAAAUGAUGAAAAGGCACGGGAAAUUCGUGAUAAUGCCAACGCGUUUAUUAACGCCAAUCUAUUACCAUUGGACAUUUACUGCUAUCAUGCGUUGCUGUUUAAGGAGUAUGCCAAAUAUAUCGUUAGCCCGAUACAGGUACAACCGGGCAUGGAGAAGAUUGAACAACCCGAAGAAGCAUACCACUGUCCGUGUGAGCGGACGACGCUACCGAGGGACGAACUGUAAGCUGAACGACAAACCGCAGUUACCGCACGUGACGCACGAGUUGGAUAAAGUUGUCUGUCCUAGAGAGCUACCUUGAGGAAAACCGCAGAGAAAAAAUGUGUUACUAAUCGGAAUCUAUUCUAUGACGCAACCAGCGAGCUGUGAUCGUUACGUUAUCAUUUCCAGUAGGGCAUUUUCUUUUCCUCUCCUUCACUUUAGUUUACGGGUUCCGUAGAGUUGUCUCGACUCUCUAGACAACAGUUCAGAUCUCUGGAGAAACUGCUAGAACACUGCUUAGUGUGAGGAAGUAUUAUAUAAUAGAGGUACGUAGCCUACGCAAGUAGAAGGUUAAUAUUAUUUGAAUUAAAUGCGGUUCAGACACAGUAUUGCUAGUUCGGUGGAUAGGUGGAGAUAGAUUUUCCUAAAAUCAUGCACGGGGAAAUCCGAAUACUCUAAUGUAGAUCGUGUUUUGCGCGCAUGUUAAGCAACUGUCUUCUGUUCUUCAAUAUACUUCAAACUUUCCACAGUAAAAUUAAAAAGGGUUUAAAAUUCGGAUACGAAAAUGUGUUUGUGCUAUUUAACAUUACGAAUUGUACAUUAUCAAGUAACGCUGUUUAUUGCAGUUUACGUCAAAAGGAUACACAUUCGAAAACAUAUCAAAAUAUAAUGAUAUCGAUUAUAGCCACUAC